CGAAAUUUAAUACAUUUCAAUAUUGGUUAGGAAAGUCAUUCAUUACCGAUGAUCAUUUGUCGUGACAGCCCGCGGAGUAUAAAUUUGAGGUUAAAAUUUCUGAAAGUUCAUAUCGUUUUGUCUUUUGAUACUAGAAAAUUGGAUAAAAAAUCGUGAACGCAUUGGAGUUAAGGUGAGUGAAAUAUAACAUUGAGUAUAUUCACGAGCCCACGGUUAUCCUGGCCGGGCUUUUAUUUUCAUCAUAACUAUGCUAGAUAACUUCGGAGUGUAAAACGUAUUAUGUUUUCCUACCAGAGCCAGAGGCCGAUAGUUACAUUUCUCACAACUGCUCUUGGUUUAAUUAAAUAGGUCUGAUAAAUUCUUAAAAAUUCGACUAGAUUCUAGAAAUUUCCAUCUAUAAAUCCCUAUAGUUUCACUACAACAAUUAUGUUAGCCGACCCUUUAACUCGGAUGGCACUAAAAAAGGUUUAACACUUUCCCCAUGACCAUGCAGGUAUAAAAUAUCCGAGCGAUUUUUCUGAUUCAUAAUUUCACCUCAGUCACAUAUGUGAGAAUGGUUUAGAACUAGCCACCCUGCAUGCAUGCAGUAUAAAUAAAGUUAGUUUAGGUUUCAUUCUGUGCGGUACUAACACUGGAUCAAUAAAAGAUUAUCCUUACUGAACCUCUGCCUGGAAGAACAGUGUAGAACUGAUAGAGCUAUCGGUAUAAAUAAAGUUAGUUUAGUUUAGGCCUUUCCUCUUGUGGUAAUAUUAAAUGAAUAAGAGAUAAUCUUCACUGGACCUCAAGGAAGAACAGUUCAGAACUGAUAGGGUAAUCCAGUAUAAAUAAAGUUAGUUUAGUGUAUGUUUCAUCCUGUAGCAACACUGGAUCAAUAAGAGAUGAUCCUUACUGAACCUUCAGGAAGAACAGUGUAGAACUGAUAAAGCUAUCUAGUAUAAAUAAAGUUAAUUUAGUUUAGGUUUCCUCCUGUAGUAACAUUGGAUGAAUAAGAGAUAAUCUUCACUGGACCUCAAGGAAGAACAGUUCAGAACUGAUAGAGCAAUCCAGUAUAAAUAAAGUUAGUUUAGUUUAUGUUUCCUCCCGUAGUAACACUGGAUCAAACGAUCAAUAAGAUCAUCCUUACUGGACCUCUACGGAGAAUAGCUCGGAACUGAUACAGCUAUCCAUCAAACAGAAUGCAGUUAAUAAUUCCUUUUAUCUUGUAUACUACAGGAGUAAAAUGGCUUAUCCUAAAAGCAUUGUGGUUUUCUUAUCUUUUGCUUUAAUCCUGAGUUUUGUGGUGGAGCAAUCAAGUGCUCAACAUCUACGUUGGGGAAAACGGAAUGAAAUGGAAACAGAUGAUCAAGACUUGAUCAAUAAAGGUGGUGUACCUUUGCGUAAUCUAAAUAUCCUUUAUAGACUUUAUAUAUAGCCUAAGCUUCGAGUACAAAUAAAGUUAGUUUAGGUUUCCUCCUGUAUAACACUGGAUCGAUAAGAGAUAAUCCUUACUGGACCUCUAACUGGUAUAAAAAAAAGUUAGUUUACUUUAGGUUUCCUCAUGUAGUAACACUCGAUCAAUAAAAAUUAUCUUUACUGGACCUAUAGGGCCGGAACAGUAUAAAACUGUAGAGCUAUUCAGUAUAAAUAAAGUUAUAGUUGAGUUUAGGUUUCCUUUUGCUGCAGUAACACUGGACCACAAGGGGAUGAUGCUUAAAGUAACUGUACUGAUUUAUACUGGAUAUUAAUUACGGAAACCACUCAGUAUUUUAAGAAAAGAUGUUAUUCGGAGUUACUGUUAUUUUAUACUGGAUAGUUCUCAGUAUCAGUUCUGAACCGCUGUUCUUCCUAGAAGUUCAGGAAGGAUCAUCUCCUAGCUAUCGAUCCAGUGUUACUACAGGAGAAAACCUGAACUAAACUAACUUAAUUUAUACUGAAUAGCUCCAUCAGUUCUAAACUGUUCUUCAUAUAGAGGUCCAGUUUCUUCCUGUAGCAACAUAAACCCUGCAUAUGAGAACAGCUUGGAAUUGAUAGUAGUAUAAAUAAAUAUUGUUUUGUUUCCGUGGCGAUAAAACGAAGAAAUAUAUAUUUCAUUACAGGAAGAUGGGCUGGUAAAUUACGUGAUAUGGAAUCGAAUUUCUUGCAAAUGUGGAAGCGAGCUUACCUGGCUGGAAAGUACUCCAACAGGCGACGAAAAAGUAUUCAAUAAUUUGCGAAGAAACAAUCAAAUAAUAGAAAGAGAAACACUUAAAACAACAGUAAGGUCUUAAUCAGUUCUUGUAUGUAAUUAAUAUCAUGGGGCUCAACAACCAAUUAGUGUUAAUUAAAAGAUUCUAAACUCAUUAAAAGCUUGUUAGCGUUUAGGAAAUGAAGUCAAUUAUACUAAUAGUUCUCAAAAAUAUUAUUGAAGGCUGUCACUUUAAUUAAAGAAAUACAAUGAACUAUAUUUCCGGAAGGAAAUGUGCCGAAAACAUUUUAGAAAAUUCUAUAAUUCUAUAUUAAAAUGCCGUAUUCUUA